UGUGAAGCGAUGCGCACGUUUAUACAUACGUCUAUACAACAUAAAACUAUUGAGGUCGAGUAAUGUUAUCCUAUGCCUCUUUGGGUCGUAAAGGAAUAGCAAUGGCAGACGGUUUAGUUUCUGCACUAGUUUCCUUUAAUAUCAAACUUACCUUAACAACAAACAAGCGUUUGUUAUGCAUUUCAAAAUAAAGCGUUCUAUCCGUAAUCAAACCGCAGACAUUUUAUUCUGAAAAGCCCACGUGGUUCCUGAACAUUCAAACUUGUUCAGACUUGACAGUAGUGCAACUUCUGUAGUUGCACGCAUUUAGCCACAUUUUUCUUUGCUGUACAUUUACUAGUUUUCGUGUCUCUAAGACUUGUUACUCACGUCGGCGUUGACAGUUCGUCCUUCGUAGCCGAUAUGGGUAACAUGUAAGACGCGUGUUGGGCUGUGUGGGAGACUUUUAGAGGGUGGUGAAGUUAGGCCUGUUCGUGUUAUUUCCAUCACUGUCAUUGGCUAACUAGUCCCUAAACAGAAAUGUCUCUAGAGGAAUAUGAAAGACAUUUCGACUCGCUGAAUUCAGAUUUGGGCGGCGGGUCUGUGGUCAGCGAGAGGUCGGCGUCGAGCACUUUUAACGGUGAAGAGGAGAAGUUGCAUUACAUUCCUAUCCGGAUCCUCGGCAGAGGGGCGUUUGGUGAAGCAACUCUGUACAGAAGGACAGAGGACAACUCUCUGGUGGUGUGGAAGGAAGUGGACCUGAACUCGCUGUCAGAGAAGGAGCGCCGAGAUGUCAUGAAUGAAAUUAGCAUCCUGUCCAUCCUGGAGCACAACAACAUUAUCGCCUACUUCAAUCACUUCAUGGAUAAAAACACACUGCUCAUUGAGCUGGAGUACUGCAAUGGAGGAAAUUUGUAUGAUAAGAUCAACCAGCAGAGGGGGAAACUGUUCACUGAAGAGGUGGUUGUGUGGUACUUGUACCAAAUUGCCUCAGCGGUGGCCCAUAUUCACAAGGCUGGUAUUUUACACAGAGAUAUCAAAACUCUCAACAUCUUCCUGACAAAGACUGACCUCAUUAAGCUGGGCGACUAUGGCCUGGCAAAGAAGCUGGACUCAGAGUUCUCAAUGGCAGAGACUUGUGUGGGAACUCCAUAUUACAUGUCGCCAGAACUGUGCCAGGGAGCAAAGUACAACUUCAAGUCUGACAUCUGGGCCAUGGGAUGUGUUGUUUUCGAGGUCCUAACACUCACGAGAACAUUUGAUGCAACGAACCCUCUCAAUCUCUGCGUGAAAAUCGUCCAGGGGAACUGGACCAUGGAGGUGAACUCUGAUGUUUAUUCUACGGCGUUGAUCAAGCUGGUGUACGAGUGCCUGGACCAGGAUCCUGCGAAGAGGCCCACAGCUGAGCAGGUCCUGAACCAGCCCUUCAUCUCCUGCUGCAGACAGGAACUGGAGGAGCGUGUUGCUCUGCUGAAUUCCGCCAUGAAGAAACCCAAGUCAUGCUACAGACUGAGUACAGCGACGGAGACCCCUGUUGCCGUGGUGACCACACGGUCCAGGGAUGUGUACUUCUGGGGUGGAGGCAAAUUCACCCCCCAGAAACUGGACACGUUUAAAGGAGGCACCAGCGCCCAACAUGUGUGUGCGGGAGAAUGUCACUUUGCAGUGGUGACGGUGGAAAAGGAGCUGUACACGUGGGCUAAUGUCCAGAGUGGAGCCAAGAUGGUGGGCCAGCUGGGACACGGUGACCAGGCGUCGUACCGGCAGCCAAAGAGAGUGGAGAAGCUUCAGGGGAAGGCCAUUCGACAGGUGGCGUGUGGGUCUGACUUCACUGCCUGUGUCACCGACGAAGACCAGAUGUACAUGUUUGGGUCUGACUAUUACGGCUGCAUCGGCGUAGAAGACGCGCUGGGAAGUGAGGUUUUGGAGCCAGUUCUUCUGGAGUUUUUCGAUGAGCGCCCUGUCCGUCAGGUGUCAUGCGGCGACAACCACGUGGUGGUGCUGACCCACAGCGGAGAGAUCUUCUCGUGGGGCUGUGGAGAGUAUGGGCGUCUGGGACUGGAGUGUGAAGAUGACUUCUCUUCUCCCAUGCAGGUGGAGGUUCCUAAAGGUGCCAUCAUCUCUUCCGUGUCGUGUGGCAGCGAUGGAACCUUCUAUUUGACAGAAACUGGCAAAGUCUUAGCCUGUGGAAACAACGAGUACAACAAACUGGGACUGAACCAGGGAUUCUCGGGUCUGAAAAACCACCCUGGCGAGGGUUACCAGGGUAUCCCGUACAUCACCACACUGACCUUGGUGAAGCAGCUGUCACGAUUCACCAUCCAGGCCAUCGCUCCGGGGAAGACCCACACGGCUGCAGUGGACGAACGUGGGCGUCUUCUCACCUUCGGUUGCAACAAGUACGGGCAGCUGGGUGUGAAGGACUUCAAGAAGCAUCAAGGGGUCCAGGUUCUAGUCGGACCGUUCGGAGGAAAGAGUCUAACAAAAGUGUCCUGUGGAGAUGGUUUUACCAUCGCGGCCACAGAAGACAACCAGAUCUUUGCCUGGGGAAAUGCAGGAAACGGGCGACUGGGGAUGCCCCCUGACAAGAGGUUUGGUUCGGAGGUGUGUCCUGCCAUGCCGAGGCCCAUCUUUGGUUCCCUCCAUCAUGUACCAGACCUUUCCUGCCGGGGUUGGCACACGGUUAUCAUAAUGGAAAAGGUCUUAAACUCCAAGACUAUUCGCUCCAACAGCAGUGGACUGUCAAUCGGUCUGGGUCAGGAGGCGUCCACAUCCACAGUAGAUCUGGACUUGGAGCCAGGAUCAGAGACAGAGUGUCGUGACCGAGGCCUGGGGGGGACACGGGAGGCUAAUACAGAGUCCUGCUUAUUGGAGACCCCGAUGAUGUCCAUGACAAAUCAGACUGGAGACAGUUCCUGCCCUCUGUGGCUCAGAAAGGAGCUUGAGGACGCAGAGUUCAUCCCAAUGCCGGACACCGAGCCGUCCACACCUGACCAGCUCACGUCCAUCUCAGAGAGCGUCACUUUACCUUACGAGGAGCUGAAGGAGCUAAAGGCUGCCGCUGCGGCUGUCGGCACCGAGAAAGGCCUCUCGACCAAACGAAUGGACAGCAGUAACAUCAAUGGACUGCAGGGGGCUCACGUGUGCAGAAAAGGAGAAUCCAGCGUGUGCUGCAGUGCCAGCAGUGAGGUCACACAGCUAAGGGAGACGGUCGCUCGCCAGGAGAUGAGGAUCCAGAUGCUGGAGAAGCAGGUCAGCGACCAGCAGCAGGAGAACGAGAGACUUUGGGCAGCGAUUAACAAUUCACUCCUGAGGGGAACGGGACAAGACAACAACGGGAACCAUCAGUCUGACCGCGUGUCAGGGGAUGUCGCUGGAAGAGUGAGCGGGGUCUCGAGCCAUGGGAGCAGAUCUGCGGGGGCCAGUGUGUGAGCCCAGGUCGCCUCAGAGUAGGGGAGCAAGUUUCAAGACUCAGCAGUCGGAGGGGCGUCGUCACGGUUACGUUACAGUCCACGUUUUAGCAAGUUGCUGGAGGCACACCAUUACAUUUUACCGUGUUUACCGUUUUAACACAACGCACACUGGCUGUUCUGAAUGUGUUCACCUGGGCGAUGAGGUCACUGUCUUCCACUGUCAAAUGUUGGCUGGAUUCAACAUGAAACAUCAGACCCUGAGACCCAGGGAUCAGAGUGUUACUCUUCAGUGUGAAUGCUCAGACCUGGGGCCCCGCUCCUCAGAUGAGCCUCGCAUUUGGUAUUUUCAAUGUCAUAGGCCAAACCAGCUCAUGGAGGUAGAUACCUGCCAAUAAUCAUCAAUUUCUGUUCAUCUUGGGAAACAGUCUUGACACAGACAUGCGAUGUCAAACAAUAUUUUUUAAAUGUAGAAUAGGAUUCAUGUGCAAGAAAAGAUUAAAUUACAUUUUUUUCACAGAUUUCUGAGAAAAUUCCAUCACAAAAAGUCAGGAACUAUUAUGUUUUCAAGUCUUUUCUAAUUCAGAAGAAUUAUUUGUAAUUCUAAGAAAUAAGUGCUUGAAUUCUAACUUUGAUCCAAAAAUGUUGUCUUUAGCCUUAUAUGUUGUUUUACGUUAUUUUAAAUGCCAGGAAGCCAAAAAAGGUGAAUUUUGUUUACUUAGAAUUAUGAGAAAUAAAAGUCAGUUCUCCUAACUUAACCUAAAAGUUUCAAACACAAAGAAAUUAAAUCGUAAAUAUACAAAGUUUGCAUUUGCAUGUUUGGUCUGACAUCACGUUUGUGUGAAACAAAAACAAAAAAACAACUACUGAUUUCAUGUGUUUUUCUGAUUGGGCACUUCUUUGUGUUCGUCUUUGUGAACUUGAACAGUUUUCUGCCGAGGUUUCUUCUUCAUUUUGCAGAUGACGCUGCGUCUGCGGUUUGUUUUUAUUGCUUUUUGUAUUCAUUUAAUUUGUCUUUGGUAUUUACUGAACGGUUUUUGGAAGAAAAAUGUUCUUUUUCUUUUCUUUUCUUUUUUUUUUUUUUGCUCCAUCGCUUUAUCAUAUUGGUUUGUUACAACAAUGAAAUGUGGCAAUAACAUUAAAAGCUGUUAAAGUGUGGGAACAACAACAGAGCAACA